AUGAGGAGCCUUCUCAACACAACGCUCCUUGGGCUGUUUGCCUUUGUCCUGGCCAUGGCCGGUGCUAUCGAUAUUCGCUCAGAGGUAGUCCAUGGAAUGCAGUACUGCGGCAACUUUGCCAAUGCCGACGGCUCCAUGUCCACCCAGCUUGUCGACAAACUAGGCGAGGGCGACUUGAAAGAUCGCCAGUAUACUGUCGCUGCCCACGGAUGCAACCGUGUUCAGUGCUGGGAUACAAGCGGCGUCUACGUCUGCAAUGAUAAUGAUUCCGAGCUGACCGUCUCAGGCGAACAAGUCAGUGACGUCGGAGAACUGAUCCUGUCAGGCUGUUGCAUGUUCAGUGCCAGCGGUAAGGAUAUCGGCCAGGAGAUCAUGUCCGGCCAGCAGUUUACCCAGUGGGGUUGGAAUGUCAUUGUCGCAUAUGCCGACUGCAACGUCCCUAUCACGGAGAAGCCCUCAAACUUGGGCGGUUAUGGGGUCAAUGGCGGCACUUGUUGGGAGUACUCGAGCAUGGCAGGCUGA